UUUUUUUUUUUUUUUUGGUAAAGGAGUACAAUUAUAUGAAAACUAACUUCACAAUAAAAAAUAUUUUGUCAGCAGUACUCGUAUCACAUGUUCUAAACCACACAGAAAUGUCUUUAAAAAAGAAAAAGCCUAAAAGCAGAAGUUCAGAGCUAUGCAGAACACUCGAUUCAGUGACUUCUAAUAAUUUCAUGUUUAACUCCAGCAGACUGGAUAUGUCUUAUUACGGCAAUAUGAACAUUCCCGGGACACGUGGGAUGGCUGGAGAUAAAGAGGAGAUGAAUAUCUAUGCUAAUGCAGAUGUUAAUGAUGUCAGGACAGAAACAGAGAACACCAAGAGGCACCAAACACCUCAACAUACAGAAAGCUCCAGAGCAGCUGCAGUGUGUUUGGUGCUGCUGUGUGUUCUUCUGCUGACUGCAGUCAUAGUGCUGAGUGUCCACAUCCAUACAAACAACACAAACUACACAGAAAAGAGAAAUGAGCUACUAACCAGGAAUACCAACCUCACAGAAGAAAGAGAACAACUUCUAACCACAAUCGAAGCUCUUAAAGACCAGCAAGCAAUCAAGAACGAGGACUUUACAGCUGAAAAGAGAGAAUUAUUAUCCAAAAAUGACAAUCUAAUGAAACAAAGUGAACAGUUAAAUCAAGAGAACAAUGACCUGCGGAAACGUCUUGGUGAAAUGGAGAAAUGGAAGUGCUAUCAAUCCAGUCUUUACUAUUUAUCUUCUGAGAGGAAGAGCUGGGCUGAGAGCAGAAGAUACUGUACAGAGAGAGGAGCAGAUCUGAUCAUCAUAAACAACAGAGAGGAACAAGAAUUUGUUAGGAAAUGGUCUGAUAAAUACAGAGUCUGGAUUGGUCUGACUGACAGUGAUGUGGAGGACUCAUGGAAAUGGGUUGAUGGCAGCACACCGACCUCUGGGUUCUGGAUGUCCACUGAGCCCAAUGGAUAUAGAGGAGAGAACUGUGUUCUAACUGUAGUAGGAGAAUGGGCUGAUUAUCCAUGUACAGAGGAAUUUAAUUGGAUGUGUGAGAGGAGCACAGUGUAAGUCACUGAAUGAAAUGCAUGUGUAUUGUAACAUCCAGUUAAAUUCACCCACAGAGGGUUUCAGAAUCUCAGUGGUCAUUUUGCUUUAAUAGGCUACAUGUGACAUUGUUAAACUAUUUUUUACACGUUGUUGGCUGCCUUCAUAAUUCAUUGUUUUUAAAACAUGAGAUGUCAUGCAAUGGACCCUGCUAAAAAAAAAACAAUAGAAGCCCAAUAGAAACCAUCACAGAAAUUCUAAUGGUUUCCAUUGAAAUACCAUUAUAAACCUUUUUCCAGUAAAACCAUUACAAAAUUUCUUUUUGUAGUAUGUUUUUUUUUUGUCAUUUUUCCAAUAGGAUUUAACAUCCCACCAAUAGAAUCCAUCACAUACCAGUAGACACCAUUAUAGUUUCCAUUAAAACCAAUACAAUUCCCAUUAUAACCAUUAAAACCAUUACAUUUUCUAUUGUGUUUUGGGCAGGGUUCUGUUGGUUUUUUUCAGCAGGGGACUUAGCACCUAACAGUCAGAGUAGCAUCAUAUUUAAUCUUUCAUAGGAAUAAAAAACAAGGGAUGUAGCCUACUGUUGUUUAACAACAUACAACACGCAAAAACUUUCAGUAAGCAAAAACUCCAUAAAGCAGUUUUAAAAGUUAUAUGUUGCGAAAAUUACAUGAUCUAGGACUUUGUAAAGAUUGUAAGUGUAUCCCUCAUCGCAUUAAAUCCCAUAUGGCAUCUAACCUAACCAAGGUAUUCAGCAAGAAGGCUGAAAGUAAGCUAAAUUAAAUGUUUCUAAAAUGUAUACACAUUUAAACAACCAAGCCUGUUUUAAAUUAUGUUUUAUUUUAUUUGACUUUUAUUGGACUACUUUAUUUUUCUUUUUUAUAUGUUAAGUACUAUUAAAUUGUGAAAUGAACAUGAUUUUUAUCAAUGUUUUUUUAUUUUUUUAUUUAUUUUAUUGUAGACAGUACAUUUUAAAAGUGAUUAGCGAAUAUGUAAAUACAACAAAUUAUCAUUUUCUCUGUAUGGCAGUGUUUAUAUGACUAUUUGAAAGAUACAUAUAAAAGGGAGUUCAAAUGUCAGAUUAGCUGCAACCACAGUUUGUUUUGUUUGUCAAGGUCACCAACAUGAAAAAUGUCCAGUUUAUGUAAUACAAAAGCUUCAAAGCAAUUCUAACCAUAACACAAUAAUCUUGUAUUAACUAGUCAUCAUAUUUUGUGAAACCUUAACUCAACCCGCAUUAUAGUCUGUAAUAAGGGUAUUUCUAGACCUGGAGAAGUUAUAU